CUUUCGUUCGCUUCGUCCAUGGUGAAUAAGUGUUUAUGAUAUUGUACAAAACUUGAAAAUUAUUAUGUGUAAAUUGAUAAAUAGUGGAUUUUAGUGCUUUUCUUUAGUUUACUUUAGGUAUUUCUUACUUUUUGCAUUUUUACUGUAACAAAUAAAGUGCUAAAUGAUUAGUUGAAAAAAUGUUAUUGUGUGCUAAGUUUUAUAAUGGCGGCCCGUCGCGUCCCCCGCGCCUCCAUUUCGUUGACAGUCAGAUAUGACAAUGCCGAGACGUAGAAAUGUUAAAGUUGUUAUGUUUUUGUAAAUAACCUAAAGUUGGGCAGAUAUAUUAAAAUAGAAUAGUCUUAAAUAUGAAUACAGAACAUCACAGUAUCAAUACGGGUGGUGGCCAACCUCCUGGUAACUCAGAGUCUCAAAAUCAACGAGUUUCAUCUUCUCAGCAACAACAAUCAAACAAUAAUCUGCCUCCCACUACUUCUGCUACCGACCUACGAGUUAAUUCGGCAGCUGUUAACGUUGCUUUGUCCAGUGUCGCUAAGUAUUGGGUGUUUACAAAUCUUUUUCCCGGGCCAAUACCUCAAGUUUCCGUGUAUGGACUCCCACCUAAUGCAAGACUUGAAAAUGGAAAACCUGUGCAGGAACUAGGCCAAGCCCACACAGGACUUCUGAAUGGUGAUCCUAACCUUAUACUCGGUCAGCACGGAGGGCAACCACUAUCGGUAUCAGGACCAAGUGGUCAACAAAUACCCGUCACUCAAAUUAUUGCAACACAGUUGCAAUCCGGACAGUCGCAUGAAUCAUUGGGGGCGCAUGGUCAGCAGCAAGAUCACAGCCAGCAGAACCCUGGCAACACAAGCCAAGGUUCGGUUAGCACGAGUCAGCCCUCGCACCAGCAGGUACCCAAUAACCGGGUCGACUUUAUACAACACCAUAACACUGAUAUGGGUCAUCAUUCCCAACAACAUUCAAUGCAACAACAACAGCUGAUGUCUACCAAUCGGGACCACACAAAUCAACAGAUACAGCUAACGGUGAGUGAAGAUGGCAUUGUGACUGUGGUGGAACCGGGCGGAGGCAAGGUUGUGGACAAAGAGGAGAUGCAUGACGCCAUCAAGAUGCCAACAGAUCAUACCCUGACUGUUCAUCAGCUGCAACAGAUUGUUGGACAUCAUCAGGUGAUAGACAGCGUUGUUCGUAUAGAACAAGCAACAGGCGAACCCGCUAAUAUACUUGUGACACAAAACCCUGAUGGGACCACAUCUAUAGAGACCAGCGCAUCUGAACAGCUUAUAGUGAAAGAUGAGAAAAAUGUUGCAAAAAUUGAAUCUUCACAAUUUGCAAUACCCACAGAUAUUAAGGACAUCAAGGGGCUUGACUUAAAGAAUGUGGGAACAAUGGGUAUGGAGGGAGCGGUUGUGAAAAUUUCAGCGGGCGCUUCAGAACACGACUUGCAUGCAAUGUAUAAAGUUAAUGUUGAGGACCUCUCUCAUCUGUUGGCUUACCAUGAAGUUUUUGGUAAACUCAAUCCCGAGGGGCAACCACAACCCAAGCCUAUAAAUGAAGUGGAUGAAGCGGGAACAAGUGCUGCCAUUGCUGAAUCUGAUACUUCGCCCGGACACCACUCCUGUGAUAUCUGUGGGAAGAUAUUCCAGUUCCGCUACCAACUUAUUGUACACAGACGAUACCACGGCGAGAGCAAACCUUACACAUGUCAAGUUUGUGGCACCGCAUUCGCUAAUGCCAUGGAACUUUCCAGACACGGAAAAUGUCAUCUUGCCGGAGACCCCUCAGAGAGACAAACCAAACGGUUGACUCAAGACAAGCCAUAUGCCUGCACAACUUGCCACAAAGCGUUCUCACGUAAGGAGCACUUGGACAAUCAUGUCCGAAGCCACACUGGAGAAACGCCUUACAGAUGUCAGUUCUGCGCGAAGACGUUCACUCGCAAGGAGCACAUGGUGAACCACGUGCGCAAGCACACGGGCGAGACGCCGCACCGCUGCGACAUCUGCAAGAAGAGCUUCACGCGCAAGGAGCACUUCAUGAACCACGUCAUGUGGCACACAGGUGAAACGCCGCAUCAUUGUCACAUAUGUUUGAAGAAGUAUACUAGGAAGGAGCAUUUAGUGAACCAUAUGCGAUCUCACACGAACGACACACCGUUCCGAUGUGAGUUGUGUGGCAAGUCCUUCACCAGAAAGGAACACUACACCAAUCACAUUCUCUGGCAUACUGGGGAAACACCGCAUCGUUGCGACUUCUGUUCGAAAACGUUCACCCGCAAGGAGCACCUGUUGAACCACGUGAGGCAACACACGGGCGAGUCGCCGCACCGCUGCAGUUUCUGCGCCAAGUCCUUCACACGCCGCGAACACCUCGUCAACCACGUGCGACAGCACACUGGCGAGACGCCAUUCCAGUGCGGGUACUGCCCUAAGGCGUUCACCAGGAAAGAUCAUUUAGUGAACCACGUGCGUCAGCACACCGGGGAGUCCCCGCACAAGUGCUCCUACUGCACGAAGACGUUCACUCGCAAGGAGCAUCUCACCAACCACGUGCGGCAACACACGGGCGAGUCGCCGCACCGUUGCACCUACUGCGCCAAGUCCUUCACGCGCAAGGAGCACCUCGCCAACCACACCAGACAGCAUACGGGCGAAACUCCUCACAAGUGCACGUACUGCACGCGGUCGUUCGCGCGCAAGGAGCACCUCACGAACCACGUGCGCCAGCACACCGGCGACAUGCCGCAUCCCUGCUCCUACUGCAACAAGCGGUUCACGCGCAAGGAGCACCUCGUCAACCACGUGCGACUGCAUACGGGCGAGACUCCGUUCAAGUGCACGUAUUGCACGAAGGAGUUCUCCCGCAAGGAGCACCUCACCAACCACGUGCACCAGCACACCGGGGAGACGCCGCACAAGUGCCCCUUCUGCACCAAGACCUACUCCCGCAAGGAGCAUUUGACCAACCACGUCAGAAUCCACACGGGCGAGUCGCCGCACCGCUGCGAGUACUGCGACAAGACGUUCACGCGCAAGGAGCAUCUCAUCAACCACCUGAAGCAGCACACGGGCGACACGCCACACGCCUGCAAGGUCUGCUCCAAGCCCUUCACCAGGAAGGAGCACCUCAUGACGCAUAUGAGAGCACACAACUGCGGCGAGAGACCAUACUCGUGCGGAGAGUGCGGCAAGUCGUUCCCGUUGAAAGGCAAUCUGCUGUUCCACGAGCGGUCGCAUCAGAAGGGCGGCGGAAACAGACCCUUCAGAUGCGAUAUUUGCUCCAAGGACUUCAUUUGUAAAGGUCACUUGGUGUCACACCAGCGCACGCACCAGACGGCGGGUGAGGCUGCGGCCGGUGAGCAGCAGCCCGCCGCGCCCGUCGCCCCCGACGCAGCCAAGGACGCCGCGGACCGUGCUGACCGCAAACACGACGUCAGAGCAACAACUAACGAAAACAGACCGACAGAAGAAGAGGUCGCCCAGAGUCAGCAAAAUAAUGCUGUUAUGCAAAUUACUAGCCAGGUCCGAGGCGGUACGAGCAGCGCGACCAGUGUGGCGACGUUUACGCACACGUCUAGCGCGCAGCACCACGCCGGCGGUGUCGCGCACCAUCCCGUCACCGUCAACUACUAGCGACCGCACUCGCAGCACGCGCGCCUCGCUCGCUGCGGUACGUGACACCACUUCAAUCAUGCGCGCCUGGUACCUGCCGCACACUGCACUAUGUGAUAACCAGAUUCAUGCGCGCCUGGUACUUGGCGCACGCAGCAGUAUGCAACCAGUGUACAUUCAUGCGCGCCUUGUACCUGGCGCAGGUUGCAGUAUGUAACCAGUCCCCUUAGAGAAAGUAACAUUCGAUUAUCGCCAUCGCUGAUCGAAAAGUCAAAAAUGUAUGGAACUGAUAAUAACAAUUGAUAAGUCACGUGCUUGUCACAUAUUCAUUCCUAUACGUUUUGACACAUUUUGUCGAUUUUACAAGCAACAUCGCUAAUCGAAGUCACUUUGUCUAGGGGGGCUGAUUACAAUCAUGCGUGCCUGGUACCUGUCGAACGCAGUGGUACGUGACAACCAGUUUACAUUUACGUGAGCCUGGUACUGUGGAAUGGGACUAUGUGAAAAAUUACUUGUUUAUUUUAUAUCCUGUGUGCUACACAGGACUAUGUGAGAACCGGCUACAUAAAUAGCAAUGUUAAGUCUACAAUAAUGCCAUGUACAUAGUGUUUUGUUGUGUUUGAUACUAAACACUUUUAUCUCCUGUACACUCAAGUGCGCCUACUAUCCGUUGCUAUGCGACGCAAAAAUACAAAAACAAAAGCAGAGUAUAGUUCCCCUAUGCAAAACAAUACAAGAAAACCUUUAAAAACCCCUGACAAUCAAUCCCCUUUGCAGAAUUUAACUGCUAUUGAUCAUAUAUAAGAUGUUUUCGUUGGGCUAUCCAUUAAACGAAUUUUAAAAAUGUUCUUUUCAUUUUGGUUUAUUUUGUCAUUUUUAAAUAGGCAUUGUAUGAUAAUUUGACCAAACUUUUAAUGUGUUGACAUAAUUGUUUACUACUAAGUUAAAAAUGCCAGUUAAUAACGAUUCUUUAACAUAUUUGAUAAUAUUUAAAGUACUGUAUGAAAUGUAACACCAUAUAUUUGAGAGAGAUUGAAAUAUUGUAAAGUAUUUUACAUAUAAUACUUGGAGAAGGCGGUGAAAUAUACAGAAGUAUAUGGAAGUAAAAUAAGAGGUUAAAAGGGAUGAUAGAUUUUGUGUUAUAAAUUAGUAAAUAUUGUGAUUUUAUAAUUGACGUUUCUCAACGCUUGCGUCGAUCUUGUAAUGUCUGUUUUAUUAUGUAAAAUUUGUUGUAAAAAGUUCAAAUAGUUUUGCUUUUUAUUAUGUUAUUGUAGAAAGUGUAUAGGUGAUUGGAGUGUUUUUGUGAAUUUAUGUUGGUUAUAAUUGAGAAAUCGUGAUUUGAUGAAAGAUAGAUGUAAAAUGACAAAUUCAUUUUUGUAUAGAAAAGUACUAGGUACACAUUGGAAAUUUUGUAUUCAGAUACUUUCUGAACUGUCCAUCUCAUGAGGAUAAGUUUAUUAAAAUUGUCACCUGUCAAAAAAAUUACAUUCCUACCGGCAAUUUUUAUCUCGUAUUUUUUAUAUGAAUUUUAAUUCGACAAUGUUAACGGAAAUUUGAAGAAUCAUUUGGAUUUUUAUUAGUAAAUGUGUUUUAACUUAUUUUAACAUAAUAUGCAUUUGAACUAAAUCUAGUAACUAACUGGUCGACUAGGUUUGCUAGUAACUUAAGAUAAUAGACAUUUUAAUAAAACAACUGUGAUCACGUUUAAUAAGAAAUAGGUCGGAUUGUACGAAAGAUUAAUUAAUCACAUUUCCUGCAUAACAAUAUUUUUUUUUUACGUCUUAAACAUUAAUCAAUGCAGGCAAUCACAGACCUGUUUAUUUAAUUUUUACGCGUCUCAUUUAAAUUGGGGACCAUCAGAAAUGAAAAUGAAUAACUAUGAAGUUAUCAUUUUGUAAGUAUGUUUUAAAUAUGUAAUGUUUUCAUGUAUCUUUUGUUAGUAUUUGCCAUUAUUGCCCAGUACAAGGUUUAAAAAUUUCUGUUCUAUGGCCAAUCACUGUUUUACUAGCUUUUAAAUAUUUUCUAAGUUUGAAGAAAAAUUAAUUAGAUGUUUUUUCACUAAUCAUGUGUACUUUGCUGAUGUCAACUGUGUUUGGAACUGAUUAGGUUAUAACCAUAGAGAUUCAAUACUUGUUAUAGAGUGGACAUCUGAAACUGCAGUCAAACAAGGAUGUUUAGCCAGGUCAGAUUCAAUUAAGCCCACUUGGUCCGAUAACCCUUAAUAAAAUAUUGGACAUUUAUUUCCCACUUAACAUUCUUAUUUCUUUAUUGGUAACUAAUCAGUUCCAACCUCAAGGAAUCUACUUCUUUCUCAAAUCUCAAAACACUUGUUUGAUUAAGUUAAACUUAUUGGUCUAUAUUAGUAGUCUAUGGUUUUGUUUUGUAAUGUCCCGUCUAUGAUAAAGUAAAUCUCUGGUUAUAAUAAUGUGUUGUAUAGAUGUGGGAAUGGAUAUUUGUUAAGUUAGGCGACCCGGUUAGCGGAGUGGUGUUGUAAUCACUUCACAUGUAAUUGUUACACAGCUUGUAAACAUUAUCAUAGUAUGUACCUAAUCUGUAUAUAAAUAGUAAUAAUUUAGUUAUAAAGGUAGGGAAUUUAAGACUAAUAGGUAUAUUAUAUCAAUAUAUAAAACUUAAAAUUUAACUAUGUUAUAACUAAAAGAGAGGUAUUAAACGAUUUUGAAUCGUCUGAUAUUUUUAAGUUUUUGUGAGGUUUGGUGGGAGUAUUUUGUAUCACAAGGCAUAUUUGGUAAUGUCAACCUUAAUGGUGCCACGCUAAUUUAUAUUUUAUAGAGAAAUCUUAAAGCAUAGAUACAAUAAUGUAAAAUAAAAACUUAACUUAUGUUCAGUACUUUGAUAUGAAUGAGAUUAAAAUUUGAAAGCAA